UAUCUCACACUAAAUCGAUAAGAUAAACUAUAUAUUAUAUUCCCAUUAAAACCACCAUUUAGUUUCUACCCAUCUCAAUUUCACCAUGUUCAUUAAAACAUUCAUUCUAAAUUUAAUAAUUUCCGUUAUUUAUACCCGAGCAAAAUGCGUUAUCGAUAUAACAACGGACAUCGGAUUUCCACAACCAAUUCUAUUAAACCGACAAAACAAAUUUUAUUUACCAUCAACGGACGGGUUAAUAACUUUAGAAGAUGGUGAUUACAUCGGGGUUGGUUGCCCCGGAUCGACACUAACGAUUAAUUUGGUUCCGUUUAACGACGAUUUCGCAAAGUUUCUUUGCAAAGGUGGAAAAUAUUUACUCGAAGGAGGUUCCAUCACCAAUUUCGAAAGCAUAUCGUGCCAAAAAUCAGUCCAGGCAACCGCAAAAAUCCCCCAAGAUGAUAAUAAAUGCACUAAAUCGUCCCCGAUAAAUCAUAUAAAAAUCCUAAUCGGGUUUCAAUUCACUUCGGAAUUAUUUAAAAAAUUUAUAACUUUAAUAACAACCUGCUUUGAUACAAUUGAAGAAAAAACGAUUUAUUCCAGUUUUAAUUUAACCAAAAGCAACUUAAUGCGACAAUUGAACGUGAAUCGACCGCUUAAAUGGGGCAAAGAUUAUUUUACGAUUCAAAAUUUGGACGAUUUAUACACGCGGAAUACUCAAAGAAAAAUUAUCAACACAUUAAUCGGAUUGGACGAGAAUGAUCUUCAAUACAUAAACAACGUUACUUAUAUAAACCGUGGUCAUUUAACGGCGAUGGCCGAUUUUAUUUACGCCACACAACAAAAAUCAACGUUCUUCUACGUCAAUUCAGCCCCUCAAUGGUCUACCUUCAACGGGGGAAAUUGGAAAAACCUCGAAGAAGAAAUCCGAGAUUUCUCUGCAAAUAACAAAGAUUUAAUUAUUCACACCGGAACUUACGAAACCUUAACAUUACCUUACACCAUCGAAUUAAAACCCAUCAAUAUAUAUUUAUCGUCUACAAUAAACGGUUUUGAGAAAAAAAUACCGGUUCCUAAAACAUUUUGGAAAAUAAUUCACGACCCCGAUACAGAAACAUCUUUAGCAUUUAUCGGAAUUAACAACCCACAUCUCACAACAAUCGAAGAAUCGGAUAUUUUUUGUAACGAUAUUUGCGACAAAGUGAAUUUCGCUCGAUUCGACCGCAAAAACAUCACAAACGGUUACAUUUUUUGUUGCGAAUUGGAGGAUUUUAGGAAUACGGUGAAGGAUUUACCUGAUCUUGGGGUUACGGGGCUGUUGAGUAACGGUUGCGAAUGUUGUUCUUUAAUUAAAACGGGAUUUAUCGUUUUAAUUGCUUCAUUUGUAACCGUAACGUUUUAAAUUUCCAAUUAAAAUCUAUUUACAACGCA